CCUGCUCGCCCGCAGCCCUUGCAGGAGAGGCCGAAGCAGCUAGGCUGGGUGUCCCGGGGCGCUGGGUGCAGCCAUGGCCGGGGCGCGCCCGGGGGUCCACGCGCUGCAGCUGGAGCCGCUGCGGGUCCCCGAGACCCUGAUCCGGGGCAGCAAGUUCAUCAAAUGGGACGAGGAGCCUACAACCCAGACUCUGGUGACGCUGCGUGUCGACCCCUUGGGAUUCUUCCUCUACUGGAACGCACCCCACAUGGAAGUUGACAUCUUGGACAUCAGCUCCAUUCGAGACACGCGGACUGGGCGCUAUGCCAGAGUCCCAAAGGACCCCAAGUUGCGGGAGAUGCUGGGAUUGGGGGGCUCAGAGCCGCGGCCUGAGGAGAACCUGCUGACUGUGGUGCAUGGCCCAGACCUGGUCAACAUCAGCUUCCUGAACUUCAUCGCAGUGCAGGAGGACGUGGCCAAGGUCUGGACCGAGGAGCUGUUCAAACUGGCUAUGAACAUUCUGGCCCAAAAUGCAUCUCGCAACACCUUUCUGCAGAAAACCUACACCCGGCUCAAACUCCAGGUGAACCAGGAGAGCCGGAUCCCAGUGAAGAACAUCCUGAAGAUGUUCUCAGCCGAUAAGAAGCGUGUGGAGACAGCUCUGGAGUCCUGUGGCCUUAACUUCAAUCGGAGUGAGUCGAUCAAGCCGGACGAGUUCACCCUGGAGAUCUUUGAGCACUUCCUGAACAAGCUCUGCCUGCGCCCUGAUAUCGAUAAAAUCCUGCUUGAGAUUGGGGCGAAGGGGAAGCCCUACCUGAGCCUGGACCAGUUGAUGGAUUUCAUCAACCAGCGGCAGCGAGACCCGCGGCUGAAUGAGGUGCUGUAUCCCCCCCUCAGCCGCGCCCAGGUGCGCCAGCUGAUCGACAAGUACGAGCCCAACCGCCAGUUCCUGGAGCGUGACCAGAUGUCCAUGGAGGGGUUCGGGCGCUACCUGGGGGGGCAGGAGAACAGCAUCGUCCCCCCUGAAAAGCUGGACCUGAGCGACGACAUGAGCCAGCCACUGAGCAGUUACUUCAUCAACUCCUCCCACAACACCUACCUCACAGCGGGCCAGCUGACGGGGAACUCCUCGGUGGAGAUGUAUCGACAGGUGCUGCUGAGCGGCUGCCGCUGCAUUGAACUUGACUGCUGGAAGGGGCGGCCCCAGGACGAAGAGCCCUUCAUCACGCACGGCUUCACCAUGACAACCGAGAUCCCUUUCAAGGAGGUGAUUGAGGCCAUCGCUGAAAGCGCUUUCAAGACCUCCCCAUUCCCCGUCAUCCUGUCCUUUGAGAACCAUGUUGACUCGGCCAAGCAGCAGGCUAAGAUGGCCGAGUACUGCCGCAGCAUCUUUGGUGAUGCGCUACUGAUCGAUCCCCUGGAGAAGUACCCGCUGCAACCGGGCGUGGUGCUGCCCAGCCCCCAGGAGCUCAUGGGCCGCAUCCUGGUGAAGAACAAGAAGCGGCGGGAGCGGCGGGCAAGCAAGGGCUCCGAGGGGAGCAGCAUCCGCAAGCGCCUGCUGGAGUCCACAGUGAGCGACGCGGGGUCAGGCCUUGGGGAUCUGCCCUCACCCCCACCGGGCUCCCCCUAUGUUGAGCAGCACAAGGGGGCAACCCCUCCGGUCAUUGCCAACGGGGAGGAGAAGGCGCCACCGGAGAGACUGGCCAAGCUGGCAGAGCCCCGUAAAUCCAUUGACCGUGAGGCUGACAGCGAAGAGGAGGAGGAGGAAGAGCAGCCAGACCCCAAGAAGCCCACAACAGAUGAGGGUACGGCCAGCAGCGAGGUGAACGCCACCGAGGAGAUGUCCACACUGGUGAAUUACAUCGAACCCGUCAAAUUCAAAUCUUUCCAGGCCGCCAGCAAGCGGGACAAGUCCUUCGAGAUGUCGUCCUUCGUGGAGACCAAGGGGCUGGAGCAGCUCACCAAGAGCCCCAUGGAGUUUGUCGAAUACAACAAGAAGCAGCUAAGCCGCAUCUACCCCAAGGGCACACGGGUCGACUCCUCCAAUUACAUGCCCCAGCUCUUCUGGAACGCCGGCUGCCAGAUGGUGGCACUCAACUUCCAGUCCCUCGACCUGCCAAUGCAGCUGAACCUGGGCAUGUUUGAGUACAACCGGCGCAGCGGGUACCUGCUGAAGCCUGAGUUCAUGAGGCGUGAGGACAAGCCCUUCGACCCCUUCACUGAGAACAUCGUGGACGGCAUUGUGGCCAACAUGGUCAAGGUCAAGAUAAUCUCGGGGCAGUUCCUGUCAGACAAGCGGGUGGGCAUCUACGUGGAAGUGGACAUGUUUGGCCUCCCCGUCGACACCAAGCGCAAGUUCCGGACACGCCCAUCCCAGGGGAACUCCUUCAACCCCGUCUGGGACGAGGAGCCCUUCGUCUUCCCCAAGGUGGUGCUGCCCACGCUGGCAUCCCUGCGCAUUGCUGUCUUUGAGGAGGGGGGUAAAUUUGUCGGGCACCGGAUCCUGCCUGUCUCAGCCAUCCGGUCUGGGUACCACUACAUCUGCCUGCGCAGUGAGAGCAACCAGCCCCUGAGCCUGCCCGCCCUGCUGGUCUACACAGAAGCCAAUGAUUAUAUCCCAGACGACCACCAGGACUAUGCAGAGGCCCUGAUCAACCCCAUUAAACACGUCAGCCUCAUGGACCAGCGGGCAAAACAGCUGGUGGCGCUGAUUGGAGACAGCGAGGAGAAUGCAGAGAAGCCACGGGAAACACCUGGGAAGCAGCGAGCUGAUGUGGUGGCCGAGCCCUCCACGGACCCCCGACAGCCACCUGCUGUCCUGCUGCCCCCUGCUGGCAGCCCCAGUGUCGCCAGCCCAGGGCAAAGGGACGACCUCAUUGCCAGCGUCCUCGCAGAGGUGGCCCCCCAGUCCCUGGAGGAGCUGCGGCAGCAAAAGGGCUACAUCAAGCUGCUAAAGAAGCAGUACCGGGAGCUGAAGGAGCUACGCAAGAAGCACAUGAAGAACAUCUCCAGCCUCAACAAGAAGCAGAGCACCCGGGCCAACCAGCUGCACAGCGACAGCCUCCGGCGCCGCUCCCAAGUGGAGCGGAGCCUGCGCCGUGGGCACCAGGAUGCCAACGGCUCGCUGGAGGCACUGGAGCAAGAGGUGUCUCGGCAGAAGUUGGAGCUGCAGGAGGGGCAGAUGCGGGGACUGCUGCAGCUGCGGGAAACCCAGCACCAGGUGGAGAGAGCCCGCAAAAAGGAGCACCUGCAACAGGCCCAGCAGCGGCUGCGGGAAAUUGCCCAGGACUGCCAGGCUGCCCAGCUGAAGAGAGUCAAGGAGACAAGUGAGAGGGAGAAGAAGGAGCUGCAGAAAAUCCUGGACCGCAAGAGGCACAACAGCAUCACGGAGGCCAAAUCCCGGGAGAAGCAGAAGAAAGAUGUGGAGCUGACAGAGAUUAACAGGAGACACAUCAACGAAUCAGUGAACUCCAUCCGCAGGCUGGAGGAAGCCCAGAAGCGACGCCAGGAGAAGCUUGUGGCCGGGCACCAGGAGAUCCUACAGCAAAUAGAGGAAGAGGAGCCCAGGCUGGUGGAGGAGCUGGAGCGGGAGUGCGAGCUGGAGGCACAGGCACUGCCCCAGGAGAUCCGCCGCUUCCUCCAAGCUGAGCUGGAGGUGGGGGUGAGAAAUGGGCACCCCCCUGCUGGCCCUCAAGAAGAGGAGGAUGAGAGCACUGUGCUGUGAAGUGGUGGGAGGGCCUGGCACGGCACUCCUGCUGCGGAGAACACCGUGCUGGGAGAUGUGCCCCCCACUCCCAGCCACCCCACUGUGGGGACCACUGCUGAGAUGGAGGGUCACCCAGCACCUCCACACCCCUUACAACCAGCAUGUGCUGCGGGGGAGGGAGGUGGCACUGUGCCCCCUUCAUGCACUGGGCCAGUGGGGCAUGCAGAGUCUCUGCUUUUGGGGUGUUCUAAGAGGUGGGGGGCUACAUGGGGUGGGGCCACUGCAAAUACACUAAGACACACUUUUUAAAUACAUUUUUACUUUUUUAAUCAGCAACCCCCACCUUGAUGCCUCUGGGGAGGCUGCCCCCCAGAUUAUUCAGGGGGCUUGAUGCUGCCAGGGGGCUGCCUCAUUGUGAAGUGGGGGCUGUUCUCUGCCCUUAUAACCCCCACCCAAAGAUGAGAUUGUGGAGGGUAACCUGUUGUGCCCCCCCCUUAUGACCUGGGGCUGAUCCUUGGGGGAACCUGAAAGCAGGAUAAAAAGGGCUAUUUUUAUAUAAAAUCUUUUUUAAUCCUAUUUUUUACUGAUUUGUAUCUUUGUAGUUGUUUGGGGGCACAGCUGGGUGUGACACUCCCUCCUUCCCCAGGGACAGAUGUAACAUAAGAGCCUUUUAUUCUUCUACAGAUUAUUUUGUAUGGGGGGAGUGGAUAGGGGGUAAAAUGCCCCGACUGUAACUUUUUUUCCUGGCUAAUUUUUUUUUUUUAAUGUGGAAUUUCAAUAAAUCUGCCUCCAGGGA